UCUAAAGUGCAGCAGAUAAAGCUAGGUUAUGUCACACACGCCUGUUCGCCUGUCUGUAGUUAUUGACCAGCUAAAUUCGUCUGUACGUUCUAUUUUAAACAGUAGCGCUAAACGAAACAUGCAGUGUAGUGUCACGCGGUGAGACUCGCCGAUCUUGCGAUAUUCCGAUACUCAGUUUAUGCAGUGACAUUGCGAGAUACAGUCGCGGCUUACUGCGAAAGUGAAUGCGAUCGUGAUGUAGAAUUACAAAAGCGGUACAUGUUAUUAUUAUGGCGAUCCGCAAGGCCAAGGCUAAGCCUGGGUGUUUGUUCUAUUUUCAGAGAGCUUCGCUAGGGGUGGUUACGUUCACCGAGACUAUAUUUUACAAGUGAGUUAUUGGUGGAACAAUAAAAGGAGCGAGCUGUGAUAGGGGUGUACUUACAGGGCUGAUCUUGUGUAUUUCUACUCAGCAUGUGAUGCGGGUUUUUUAUUAUACAGGGUAUCACGGAAUGCUGUGAGGAAAAUUGAGGGAUUAGGGUUCUACGUAGGGAGCCACCCCAUAAAAACCAUAUCAAUAUGUUGGGCUAUCGUGUUCUUGGCCGCUCUGGGAUUUCUCAGGUUCCAGCAGGAGAAAAACCCCUUGAAACUCUGGGUUCCUCCUCACACUUCGUUCGUGAGAGACUCAGAAUGGCUUAUGAAGACUUUGGAGAAGGGGUUUAGAGAAGAGGCGAUCAUGAUCACUGCCGAAGAUGUUUUGACGCCAAAAGUUAUACAAGAGUUAUCUGAGUUGGACUUCCGAGUUCGAUACACAAAAACUCCAAGUAACCUAACACUGGAAAAUGUAUGUUUUGAGUUACCUAAAAUUGACAGAAAGCUCCUUGAUUUUAUGGAGGAUAAUAGUACAAAAAAAGAUCCCAGUAUUCAGAUGGAUCCUGCUCUGUAUUGUAGCUUUGUUGAAGCUAUGAAGAAGGAAUGUUAUACCAGAAGUAUUUUAGAGUUAUGGAAUUUCAAUAGAAAGAAGAUACGGAGUUUGACCAAAAACGAUAUUGUCAAUCAAUUGAACAACUACGAUUCAAACUACUUUGGAAAAUUAAAAGAUAUAAAUGGCCUACUAGGUGGAAUUACCCGAAAUGAAACAGGCCACAUAAUUUCGGCCACAGCAAUUCAGAACUUUUGGUAUCUAACGAUAAACUUUUCUGCUGUUGAUAUGGACAAAUCUGGAAAUAUGGCUGGAACCGCUGAUUGGGCAUCAGAGGAGGCCCUGGAAUGGGAAAAGACGUUCCUAAAAAUUAUGGAAAAUGUUUCGUUACUUUAUAAUAAUAGCUUUUUCUAUGAGUCUGGAAGAAGUUUUGGUGAUAUUAGUAAUGCAACAAUGUUCCAAGAUAUGGAUAAACUAUGUCUAGGAGUGAUUAUAAUGGUGCUAUACGUACAGUUAGUGAUAUCCAAAUACAACUGGUUAGAAGCAAGGUUUGUUUUAGGAUCAGUUGGACUUCUAACAAUCGGCAUGGCGUUUAUUGUUGGUGCCGGACUUUGCUCACUAUUUGGGUUACGAUACGGUCCUGUGCAUACAUCCUUGCCGUUUUUGCUCAUGGGAUUGGGAGUAGAUGACAUGUUUGUGAUAAUGGCGUGUUGGGAAGAGCUCACAGAGGAAGACAAGAAACUUCCAAUACACGAGAAAGUUGGAAUGAUGCUCAAACACGCAGGCGUGUCUAUAUCAAUAACGUCAUUAACAGAUGUGAUAGCUUUUCUUAUUGGUGCUUCAACAAUCUUGCCCUGUCUAGAAUCGUUCUGCAUAUACGCAGCAGUAUGUGUCUUUACGAUUUUUUUAUUCGCCAUAACAUUUUUUGUCGCCUGUUUCGUGCUAGACGAACAUAGGAUAGCGAAAAAAAGAAAUGGUGUCUUACCAUGGAUUGUGUUACCAGACGAUUAUAAGCCAAACGAGUGUAGUCAGAGAAACAUCUCGAACAAUAUCUUCAGGGUGCUAUAUUCGAAAGUUGUUCUUACCACCCCUGGAAAGGUAAGCACUCUUCGAGAACAUUUUGAUUCAGGUGAGGGGCGGACUUAGGAGAACAUUUGUGGGAGGGGGACAAGGAAAAUACUUGGAUUUGUGAUUAUGUGUCGGUGAGACACAAUUUUAUUAAAAAUGCAAAUAAAAGCGGCAUGAGACAAUCAUUCGACGUUCCCCAUUUUACAACAUAUUUCUAACACUUUUUCCAAUGUAACAUCAAUGUCAUAAUUUACAUUGAGAAGAGCUAACUCAUUGAGUUUAUUCUUAAGUAUUGUACUAGUUUUGAUUCGAUGCAAAGAAUAAUUGACAUUUUUAGCACUAGUGAUCGUGGCUGACAUAAAAAAGCACAAGUGUAAAAAAUAGAAAUACCUGUGUUAGACUAAUCACUGGCUUCUCUCUAACUUUCUCUCUUCUACUGCUAUGUCUAUGGACUUUUCUCCUCGCAGCUCACAACGCACUUCGGCUUCCUAUCCUAACCGUGUCGAACGUAGUACAUCCAGAACUGAGGAGGCUGUUCCUAGUUCUACUAACCUCAGAUGAUUCACAAAUCGGAUUAACAAAUUGUCUUUAAGCAUUCUUAUAGCAGCUGCGCACAGUGAUUUCUCCAUAGGCCAAAAAUACCAAAAACUCAUAAAUUUAUAACGGUCUAAAUGAGUCGCUAAGUUAUCGAGAAGGCGCGAGGCUUUCAAAAAAAAAUGAAAAACAAUGCAAUUAGUUCAAACUGUCAUUUACUUUCGUCCAUCGCAAGUGACAGCUUCUCGAAUUACCGGGACGUGUAAGUCAUUGCAACUUACUUUUUUUUGUGAAUUAUAAUUUCAAGCCUAGUGUUUUUACGUAGUAAUAAUAUGGAGGUGCAAGAAUAUGGUAUGUACUCUUAUUAUUUACCUAUUUUAUGUAAAAGCAUGCGUUUUGGAGUUUUACAUAAAUUUUUUAUUGAACGUUUUUUGCUAGAUUUUUUCCUACAAAAUUUAUUCAUUUCGAGUUAUAAACUUUUGGCUGCGCUUUGCUGCAGCUGAGAUAAAUGUUAUUUUCAAGUAGAUAAUUAGGGGAAUAUAGGUUUCAUCUGCAUCUUGCUGCCCCUCGUGCCUGUCAGAUAACAUCGAAAAUGUUGAUUUAGGGAGAUUAAGUGAUAGAAUUAGAAAUUUAUGUAAACGAAUUUCAUAUUAUUGGGUAAAGUCGAAUGGCUCUAAAUCUAAAUUGGUAGAAAAGUAUCCAGAUUGGCUUGAUUUCGCGUUUACAAAAGUUACCUGUUAAAAAAAGACAUAUUGUCAAAAUCUGUGUUGGAUUUGUUAACUGUUUCCAUUAUAAUGUAUUAUAAGUAUUAGAAUUUUUUUCAAUAUAUCUUGCUUGCACGUAUUAUGAACUGUUUUAUUUCAUUCCUUUAAUAUAAGGUAGAACUGAAACAAUAUCUAAAGUAAAAAUACCGAGAAAUAUUUUUAGUAUCAAUCACUGUGCUGCGGUGCCUCAAUAUUUAUGCUUCUGUCUACUCGGCUGCUUCGGUAUGAAAAAAAGGCGAAAUCGGGUUAAAGUCGAGCUGCUGUCAUUUUGCUUUUUGUCAGAACCGUGUUUAGGCUAUUAAGUAUGUGAAUGGUCUUUGUUUUUCAGAUAAUUGUGAUAUUGAUAAGUAUUACCUGCGCUGCCUUUGCUACUCAUAGCGCUCUAAAACUAGAGCAGAAAUUUGAUCCAAAGUGGUUUCUACCUCCAGGCACUCAUUUAGCCGAAUAUCUAAAAUCUAAGUACCAGCACUACCCAGAAAGCGGGUUUAAUGCAGGGUUAUACAUGGGUGCCCUAAAUUAUACUGAAGAGAUACCGAAAAUUAGAAAUGCCGUUGACAGAUUGAAGAAUAUGACAGAUGUGACAGCUGAAGUUGUAUCGUGGGUGGAUCCCUUUAGAGACUUUGUGCAUAUCAAUUUCGGACCAGGUAAUGUUAAUUAUUGGAUUAGUGCCAUCGAGACUAGAGAUAUGUCGUUAAACACAUAGAGUGGGGUGAAGCCGAAAGUGACGAUGAUGAAGGUGGGCUCUAUCUCUGUAUGCAUUGGGCAAAAGAUUAAUUUCAGGAUCUGUGCAUGUGGCCCCAGUGAACAAAAUCAGUUGCUAUGCGUGUUCUAAGAAUGCAAUACCAUGUUCUGAACAUGCGCGUAAAUAACAUACCGCACAUCAAUAGAAUGUGGUGAAAUCAGAAACGGACGUGACGUCCUUCAAACGAAAGUUGAAAAGGCUGCUGAUCGAUCAGUGUUUUUAUAGUGUUGUAGAGUUUUUCUCUUGUAGCCAUUUUUAAUGUUUUAACUGAGUUUUAUUGUUAUUUAUUGUUAUUUUUCCCUAGUUUUAAAUUUAUUGACAAUUCCUUUU